CUCCUGAGCCUCCCCAUCCACGAUGCGUGCUUCCGCCUUCACGGGCACCCUCCUAGUGGUGCUCGCUUUCAGCGUGCUCGCUCCUUCAUCGACACACGCCAUCGUCAACGACACUGUCGUUCUUGGAGAUGAACUCAGCCCAUCCGAAUUCCUUGCAGAAGUGGCAAUCGAUGGCUGCGCCAGCUUGACAGCUGCUUCAGAAGGCUACCACUUUGAAGGAGGCCAGGCGUCUGGUCUCUCCCAGGACCGCUGCACCACAGGCGGAAUGUGCCAGUGCAAGAGCUUCAGCGAUUCCUGCGAUAGCGGAGAUUGCUACAAAGUGUACCGUUGCAAUGACACCGCCGCUGAUGGCUGCUUCGCCGUCUCAAACUGCACGCAGACCGUUUUCACCACCGUCAUGGAGGUGGACGUGAACUGCCGCGAUCCGCUCGACGAGCGCGACGAGGACGGCAUCAACUUCUUCGGCAUGCGCUGGAAGCAGGCACUCGAGGAGGACUGCAACAUUGGACGCGUGUGCCGGUACAACGGCGACACGGCUGCGACGAUCGAGGUCAUCAACGGCACCACCUUCCGCACCACCACUCUCAACUCGGCGCACGUCGACACGCUGCAGGAGUGCGCCGCCACCACCAAGUUCCGCUUCAACCAUUGCACCGUCUUGGACGUGCGUGAGAUCGAAGUGACAACCACGACCACCACAGCAACAACCACAACCACGAUCACUACAACCACCACAACCACAACCUCAAGCACGACUCCUCUUGGGGAGUGCGAGUCACCAUGCUCCAAAGCCGUGUCCAACUGCGUCGGCGAGAGCCUGUAUGGGAAUGAUAUCCGUGAUGUGUUUGCGGACUGCAUGGCACUCGCGGGCCGGCACACCACUCUCGCCUUUGUUCAGCUCGGCGUCUGCCUCUCUGAUUGCGACGAAGUGGACGCUUCCUCCACAUUGGAAGAUUUCAAGCGGAGCGCCAGCUGCUACCGCUUCUGUGCCUUCUCCACUGCGGACAUGAACUGCAACAUCACAGUGACAACAACUACCACGUCCACCACCACGACAACAACAAGUACAACCACAACAACCACAACAACCACAACAACCACAACAACAACCACGACUGGCUGCAUGGUUGACAUGUACGAACCAAACGACAGUCCGCCUGGUGAAGUUGCUACACUGUCGGAAGCGAUGAACAGCAUCUCCGCCAGCAUUUGCGACGGCGAGGACGACUGGUUCAGCAUUCCAGUGUGCAACGGCACCGUCAUCAUUGACCUGUACUUCAACAAUGACAAAGCAGACGUGGACAUGGACCUGUAUGAUGAUGGCGGCAGCCUGCUGACGUACGCGGACAGCAUCACCGACGAUGAACGGAUUGUGUUCGUCCACGACGGUGACAACACCACCCUGUACAUUGACGUCUUCGGCUUUGGGAACGAGUCUGCCCCUUACACCAUGCAGACCACGGUGCUCUGCAGUGAGCUGGCGUGCCUGACAGACGAUUCUGAGCCCAACGACACCCCCGAGACCGCGGCCUUCAUUGGCAACGAGACCACCGAGCUGUUCGCCACGGCCUGUACAGAUAACGACGACUACUACGAGGUGACCGUGUGCGCGAGUGGCCUGCUCGACGUUGCGGUGGUGUUUGACGACGACAUUGGCGACCUGGACCUCAUCAUCUACGACGAGAGCGGGGCAGUGGUGACCGCCUCGGAGACAGAGGAGCGGCCAGAGCUCGCCUUCACCGUCAACUCCAACACUACCCACGCUGCCACGUACUACAUUCUCGUGUUUGGGUUUGAUGGCGACGAGGCUCCGUACAAGCUGGAGGUGUCGAUUACGUGCAACGUCAGCUGCACCAACGACGGCUUUGAGCCCAACGACAGCGCCCCGGAUGAGGUCGCAUUCGUCUCCUCAAGCGCCAACUUCAACGCAACGGUGUGCUUUGGGGAGGACGACUGGUUCGCCUUUGCGUCCUGCGAGCUUGGCCUCAUCAGCAUCGACGUGUACUUUGACCACGAGGCGGCUGACCUUGACGUUGCCGCGUUUGACUUUGGGGGCAACUUGCUCGGCGCUGCAGAGAGCGAAACCGACGACGAGCACCUGAACGUUGUUGCGCCUCCGUUUGAGGCGCCCCGUGCAAGCUCCUCCUUCACCUGGUCCCUGCGCGCCUGGCGCGUGGCGGCAGAUGACGAUGACGAUGACAACUCGACAACACUGGUUGAAGCGCAACCAUAA